UAUGUGUUGUUUUUAACUGAGGAAAAGUCAAAAGAUUUUUUUCUGUUUUGGAACAGCAAAAUAAUACUUAAAGAAAAUACUCUAAAGUUGCUGUAGUCACAUCCCCGAGGAUGUUCUAUAUCAUCACUGACACCUCAAUGGGAGUUGCAACUAAAAGUAUCUGAGAACAAAGUGAGAUGAGGAUGGGUAGCUCGCUGGAAAAACAAAGUCGCUUGCCUGACCUGCCUCGUGCUGCGAAGCGGUGCUGGGGAGGAGAGCUCUUGAGAAGCUUUGUCCUUAGUGAAGCCCGGRCUGCUCAUGUUGUUCUCACCCAAUGUUGUGCCUUGCAUUUUGGGUUUAAAAUGGAAGCCCCAUGUAGUGCUGCAUGCACGAAUUGCUUUCCGCUGCCCAGAGCUUCAGAUAUCUGACAACUUCGAGUACGACGUUCAUGAUGGCUGCAGCGGAGACAAUCGAGGAGCUGUUUGGCAGGCUGCGCAUCGCAAAGCGCUCUGUGCUGAGCGAAGAACCUGCUUACUUAUUGGACAUAGACAUUUCAAAACCUGCUCAGUCUGAAAGCAGCCACUUUGUGGCAGUUUCGUGUUCCAAUGAGUCCAUUAGGAUUUAUAACAGGGCGACGUUAACCUUCCUGCGGGAGUACAGUUGCUGUCCUGGGAUGCUAAAUGGAGUCCGGUUUGCGCACGCACGUGACAGCGUGGUGUUUUCAGCGUGCACUGAUGGCACAGUAAAAUGUUGGGAUGUUCGUUUAGCAACACAGAAAGCUGUGCAGGUUUUCAGUGGCUACCCUUCCAACGUUUUCAUCAGUUUUGAUAUUAAUUGCAGUGAUCUCAUAAUUUGUGCUGGAACAGAAAAAGUAGAAAAGGAUACGUUUUUGGURUUUUGGGAUGCAAGGGGUGAUACAAACUGUGCCAGCAAGAGUAAAGAACCCUUGGGAGUCUAUUCUGAAAGUCACAAUGAUGACAUCACUAGAAUUUGCUUUCAUCCUACCAAACCCAGUUUGAUAGUUUCGGGGUCAACUGAUGGGCUGGUUAAUGUCUUUGACAUCAACAAGGACAACGAGGAUGAUGCUUUGAUAUCAACUUGCAAUUCGGAUUCAUCCGUAAGCUUUAUCGGCUGGUCUGGGAAAGAUUAUCAACAGGUCUAUUGCACAACACAUGAUGAAGGGUUUUCCUGGUGGGACCUUGCUCAGUUGGAUACAGAAGAACCCAUAACGUUAUUGCAUGUCCUAGAUGUCCGAGCAGCAGUCUGCAUUGAAAAUGACACCUUAAAUUACCUCGUAGGUGGCUUGUACCAUGAAAAAGCAGACAAACUGCUGCUUAUUGGGGGAACAUCCACAGGAAACAUCCACCUAAUAAGCUGUGGCCUCGAUGGGCUGAACGUUGUGGGUGCCCUUCGAGGAGGCCACGCUGCCGCUGUCCGUUCUUUCUGCUGGGACGCGACGGAUGAGUCGCUGCUGACUGGUGCUGAGGAUGCACAACUGUUGCUGUGGAAACCGGGAGCUACGGAGAGGUCCUUCGCAAAGAAAACAUCUCUGAAAACGGCUUCUUCCGUUCAGAGGAGAGUGAGGGUCCAUAGCACCUCCCUCCGAAGCGGGAAGAAGUGAAAUCCUGAGAAUGGAGAGCUCUGCUAUAGAGAGCUCUUGUAUUCGUGUCAUCUUGCAGGCAGGACCUGCCUGCUGCUUUGUUUGGAGGUGUUCUACAGAGAGAACGGUGAUGCCUAGAAAUUCUGCCUAGGAAGGUACUGUGGUCAUGAAAUGAAUACWAUUAUAUAUGUGAAAAGAAGCUGACAACAUUAAUCUGAAAAGAGGAAUUGUUUGCACUUGAACAAUGAAUCCUAAAUAUUUUUAUAUAUGAAUUUUUUUAUGGUUGGUUGAUGUCUCAGCCGAUGCUUUUAAUGUAUAAUACAGGCCCAUGGCUUAUGUGGUUUGUUACUUUCCUCCUGAAAUUCCCUGGCAUACUUAAAAAGCUCUUGU